UUGAAUUUGUAGAUGGCGCUUUCGUCGAUGGCAACCAUCAUUAGCCAAAGGUAUUUUAUCCAGAACCACAAUAUGUAUUGUUUCUGAAUAGGACAUAACGGUAACAGCUGACCCACUAUCAAUCUCAAACUUAAUUCUAAUACCGUUGACACACACGGUUUCGAUUAAUGGUUCACCUCGAAAAGAGGAAUGUCUCCGGCACAGUUAGUGUUUGGUCUACCAUUGACCAGGCAAACCAGGCCCAACCUGACAACAAAUCACAUCGUUGACGGACAGAUUAACAGUCCGGAGCACGAGGGUCAGCGACUCCAAACCGGAUCGUAUCGGUUGUUCCCGCGCUCCAACUUGGCAUACAUACCGGGUGCAAUCAACGCACUCAUCGUGCUGACCGACUGUACCACUAGCUCGGCACCGGACUCGAUUCGGGGUUCGGGAUAUGAGAUCCCGGUAGCUAGCGCAAUGCGCCGCGCUUCAGCAGGGGUUCCAUUGCCUGUUCCGACGCCGGUCGAUGAUCUGGUCGGGGUGUGGUGGGUGCCGUUCGAGGCUGCGGCGGGUGGUUCGGACAUCAUAACCGCUAUCAACGAGAUAGAGAGUAAGCUCGCAAUCGAUGGUGUUGCGAGGCAGGCGCGUGCGGUUGCUGCUGAGUUGCACGGAGCGCAGUACCCGUCUGUGAUGGUGCACUCGGAGCGCACUGGGUAUGACCCGAGCGAGGUGGUCAGCGGUGGGUGGGUUUUGGGGGGUGGGCCGAGCCCCCGCCUCUACCCCGGUUCUCGGUACUUUGCGUCGGAAUUGCCGAUUGAUGCGGACACUACGCGCUCGAGGCGUCUGAUGGUUGGGUAUAACUUCGGUGGACUCAGCCCGCUGGCCAGACCAUACACGGGCGAAACUGCCACCCAGACCGUGCCGUCGGUUGUUGAGCCCGCCCAUCGCGGCAGGGUUUGGACAAAUAACAAGCCGGAUAACCACGCGCCGGCCAUGACCUUAAAAACAAUGGACUCGAUGUCAAGGGUGGCGACAUACAUGGGCCUCGUCAUUACCGAGGACAUACAGAGUGGUUUUACCAGCGCAGGUGGCGCGCGGGGGUGGUUCCGGAUGUUGGUGGGAGCUAUUACCUUGCAGACAUCGCUGCUGUUUGCUCGCUCCGAUCUGUCUCUGCGUGUGUGGGCAGGGUAUGAGGCGGAGUCUACCGACUUGGUUACUCGGAACACUUACACUCAAUAUAUCCGGAUGGCAACGAAUGGCUUAUGUGGCUACGUCGAUAUAAAGAUGAUGAUAGCCCCAUGGUUCACUUGGGAUGAGGAGUGUACCGCGAAAUACUACGGUAUGGAUUUGCUAAACGACACGAACUGGCUGUCCUACCACCCUGUGCCCGCUGUACUAACAACACAGUGGUCUCGGAAGCUGGAGUUGUCCGAGAGCGGGACACCUAGUAGCUGUGUAUUCAGAUAUGACGGCUCGCACAGAAGGGGACUGCUGAUAACCCACGAAAGCAGCUACACGAAGUUGGAGGCGGUGGGGACUAUAGAUUUCGACAAGUACGCCCCGGUUGUCAUUUACCCCGACAACAACAACGAGGUUGAGGUCUCUGGGUAUGUGGGUCGACUGUGAUCCUUACAUCACGAAUCACAUGACGGGCGCACAUGCGGCUCAGCCCAGCACUGUGUUAAUGAGCGCGACGCCCGCCCUGACCUGUUAUGUUUGUAAGUAAGUAUUCACUUCAGUGUGUCAAUAAACGGUGAACGCAACGUACGUGUCUAUUAUUUACUAGUGGCGAACGCGGAAAAAAAAAUCAAUUUGUGGCUUGUUUGUUUCUUGUUUGAACUAAUUAAAAUUAUAUGAACAUAAUGUCGGUCGGGCAGUUGAAAGAAUUCGCGGUAAACAGUGGAAAUUGGUCCUCAUAUGUUGAGAGAUUAGAAAUGUACUUUUUGGUGAAUAAAGUGACUGACGAUUUAAAAUUACCCACAUUAAUUUCCGUUAUGGGUGAGGAAGCGUACGAUUUAUUAUCGACAUUAGCCAGCCCUUCGAAGCCGUCACAGUUAACUUAUGCUAAUGCCGUGGCGAUGUUGGCAGCUCACCUGCAACCGAAGCCCUCAAUCUUGGCGGAAAGAUACAAGUUUCGACAACGUCGGCAGCUGAAUGAGUCAAUAGCUGACUACGUCACAGAAUUAAAAAAAUUAUCAAAAAAUUGUGAGUUCGGCUCGUCGCUGGAUGAAAAUCUGCGUGAUCAAAUGGUUUGUGGAUUAAAGAGCGAAAUCAUACGGCAAAGGUUAUUUGCCGAGGAGAAAUUAGAAUAUAAGCGUGCAGUUACGUUAGCUUUGUCUUUAGAAGCUGCGGAGAGGGAUGCGAUUGCAGUGGAACGUACGCCAAUUGAGGAGGUUAACAAAAUUAACUUCAAUGAAUGUUCAAGAUGUGGAGACAGGAGACACCAAGCAAAGGAUUGCAUAUACAAAGACUACGUGUGCAGUUCAUGUCAUGAAACCGGCCAUCUACGAAGAAUGUGCCCCAAAAAAGGGCUUAAGAACCAGGCGGAGGCAGCCGGGGGUUCACCAUGCACCGGGCGCCGGGGGAACCGGGGUGCAGGCGGCAACAGGCGAUCGUGGCGCGGGCAGCGCGGUGCGGGACGAGGAGGCCGAGAGCGGGCUCCUUUGCACUUAUUAUACGAUCAAAACAACGAUGACACAUACAACAACUUCAAUAAUGAACAGGACGGGUGUGGAGAAGAAAAUGAGCCUAUGUACCAAAUGACAUUGAGUAAUUAUAAACCGACAUGAAUCCUUGUUCGACGGCACAUUGGGUAAAUAUACGGGGGGGCACAGCAGAGUUAAUCGUGUGGCCGGAUGCGGUGCCUAUUUACUGCCGCGCGCGACCGCUGCCGUAUGCGCUGCGCGAGCGCGUCGAUGCCGAACUCGACGCGAUGCUGGCCGCCGGCGUCAUCAAACCGGUGGACCACUCCGAAUGGGCCACGCCACUUGUCGUAGUACGCAAAGCGGACGGCGGUCUGAGAAUAUGUGCGGACUAUAAGGUAACCCUUAAUAAAGUAUUAGCAAUCGACAGAUUUCCGGUUCCAAAAAUGGAGGACUUAUUCAGUAAUCUCAGCGGAAAUAAAUUUUUUACUAAGCUCGAUUUAUCUCAAGCUUAUAAUCAAAUAGUCUUAUCAGAACGUUCUAGCGAGUACACGGUUAUCAAUACACAUAGAGGAUUAUUUAAAUAUUCCCGCCUCGUCUACGGGUUAGCUUCGAGCCCAGGCAUUUUGAAAAAACUAAUGGUAAAUAUGUUGAAAAUGUCCCAAAUGUAGUAGUUUUCUAUGAUGACAUAUUGAUUAGAAAUCAGGACCUAGACAGUCAUUUAAAGUCUAUAAAAGAAGUAUUAGAUAUAUUAGAAAGGUAUGGCUUAAAAAUUAAAAGGAGUAAGUGCGAGUUCAUGGUAACAGAAGUGAGGUAUUUAGGGUUCAUAAUAGAUCAAAAUGGGGUUCGUGUAGACCCAGAGAAAGUCAAAUCAAUAGCAACAAUGCCACACCCAAAUAACGUGACAGAAUUAAAAUCUUUCAUCGGUAUGGUAAACUUCUAUUCGAAGUUCAUACAAGAUUUGAGUGUACAUUUAUCACCUUUAUAUGCCCUUUUAAAAAAAGGUAAACACUGGAUGUGGGGAAAUGAACAGACUGCUGUUUUCCUGAAUGUUAAAAAGUUUUUGUGUAGUACAAAAGCACUCGCACAUUUUGAUAUGUCUUUGGAGUCGGUGUUGACUGUGGAUGCGAGCGCGCGUGGUCUGGGUGCCGUGUUGGCGCAGCGCGGGCCAGGAGGUGAGGAGCGCGUCGUUGCAUACGCUUCACGCGCACUCACCACUCAUGAAUUACACUUCAGUCAGAUUCAUAAGGAAGCAUUGGCGAUUGUUUUCACGGUGGAAAAAUUCCAUCAAUACUUAUAUGGGAGAAAGUUCAUACUACGGACCGAUCACAAACCUCUGGUGAGAAUUUUCGGGCCUAACAUAGGUAUCCCGAGCGCGGCAGCUAGCCGCUUGCAGCGCUGGGCUAUCAAACUAUCAGCAUAUGACUUUGAAAUCGAGUACGUUAGGACAGAUAAAAAUGUAGCCGAUGCACUUUCACGGUUAAUCGAGUCUCAAAAAAA